AUGAAAGCUGACUGCAAGUACAAAUUUGAGAGCUGGGGGGGUUGUAGUGCUCAGACGGGCGUGAAGACUCGCUCCGGCAUCCUGAAGAAAGCCUUGUACAAUGCCCAGUGCGAGGAGAUCGUCUAUGUGACCAAGCCCUGCUCUUCCAAGAUCAAGUCGAAGUCCAAAGCAAAGAAGGGCAAAGGGAAGGACUAG